GCAUUUGUCACAUGCUGCCCAAGGGUCACGUGCUGAGGUGGCACAGCCGUGCACAGCCGGGCUGGUGGGACUGCGAUGGCGUCUGUCACCCAACAUCAGGUGCAGAAGUUCCAUGAGGAUGGUUUCCUUGUCCUGGAGCACUUCUUCAGCCCGGAGGAGUGUGACAGCAUGAGGAGCAGCAUCCAGAGGAUCCUGGAUGGGAUGGAGGUGCCCCCACACUGCCGGACUGAGUUCUCCACCAAGGAAGAGGAGCAGCUCCAGGCACAGGGGAGCUCUGAUUAUUUCCUCACCAGUGGAGACAAGAUCAGGUUCUUCUUUGAGAAAGGUGUUUUGGAUGAGCGAGGCAACUUCCUAAUUGCAAAGGAGAAAUCUGUCAGUAAGGUUGGUCAUGCCUUGCACGCUCAUGAUCCUGUCUUCAAGCAGAUCACUCACUCCCCCAAGGUGCAGGAACUGGGGAGGAAACUGGGUUUGGAGAGACCAGUGGUUGUACAGAGCAUGUACAUCUUCAAGCAACCCGGCAUCGGUGGGGAAGUGACACCACACCAGGAUGCCACAUUCCUGCACACGGAGCCCCUGGGCCGGGUCCUGGGCUUCUGGAUUGCACUGGAGGACGCCACACAGGAGAAUGGCUGCUUGUGGUUCAUUCCUGGCUCCCACACCAGUGGGAUAACCCGCAGAAUGGUGCGUGCAGCCCAAGGUGCCUCGACGUGUGUGGAGUUUGUAGGGUCAGAGCCGGCCUACGAUGACAGCAAGUUCAUACCCGUGCCCAUAAGUAAAGGUGGGCUCAUUGUCAUCCAUGGAGAAGUCGUCCAUAAGAGUGACAUGAACUGCUCGGGGUUCUCUCGCCAUGUGUACACCUUCCAUGUGAUGGAGGCUGAAGGCACCAGCUGGAGCAAGGAGAACUGGCUCCAGCCGACUCCUGAACUGCCUUUUCCACCUCUCUACACUUGAUGUUCACAAUUGGCUUCUGGACUCAACUAGCUGGUUGGUGUUCCUGUGAUUGCUUGUCUGUGUUCUCUUUAAAUGCGGCUCACUAGAUCAAUGCUCAAGAUAAAAUUAUCCCCUGAGAGCAAGCUCCCUUCAUGCAGCUGAAUCUGCCUGCCUUAGGUAGAAGCUUCUGCUGCAGAAUGAGCCCUGCUAUGAGGGUAGUAGCCCAGUCCUUUUGGUGAGGAAAUUUCUUCUGUCUCUGCAGUAGGCCAUUAAGGAGUGUUCCACCUUGACCAUGGCAAUGGUUGAGAAGUAUUUCUUGUUGCAGAGCUGUAGCAUUUGAAGUCAAGAGCUCAUUUGGUGCUUGGUUCUGUUAUUGGCAGUGCAGGUGAAUGUGCGGUGUGAAGAUGGCUGACUUUUAGCCUUGGGUCGCUGUCCUAUUGUUUGGAUAGUAAUAAAGACAAUGCUACCAUGGGCAAAAAUGAAUCUAAGGUCUCCUUUUAUAUAAUUAAUUACUCUUCUGGGUACUUCUUGCAAAUUGCAGCUGCAUGUUUGAUCUCCAGGCCUGAUUAAAAAUAUUACUGUUCUUAAAGAUGUUGAAAAUACGAGCAUAACAACCCCCCCCUCAUGAGAAAUAAAAGAUCAUAAGUCUUCA